AUGACGUCAGCACCUCCACUCUCCUUCAUUGGUGAAACAAGUCAUGUGGCUGAGCCUGACAUCCUGAGUGCCCGGACUGAAGUCGCAGCGGAACGGAAGUCGCGUGUAUACGCCCGUAGUGGUGGUCUGCUGGGAGGAUCCGAUCUGCCGGCAGAGAGUUGGCUGCGGGACGCUGCGCCCUGCACUACAUGUCCCAGUCCAGAGAGGCAGGAGGAUGGAGUUCAGAAGGAUUUCAGCUCCAAGCUGGCCACUGGACCGACUUUUCAACAUUUUUUAAGAAGUGCCUCAGCUCUUCAAGAGAAGCUGUCUUCUCCAGAAGUGGAGGACCCACCCCCCUAUCUCACAGUGGAUGAACUUCUAGGAAGACAGAGAAAAGUCUACUUCGAGACCUACGGUUGCCAGAUGAAUGUGAACGACACGGAGAUAGCCUGGUCUAUCUUACAGAAGAGUGGCUACCUGCGGACCAGUAAUCUGCAAGAGGCUGAUGUGAUCCUCCUCGUCACAUGUUCUAUCAGGGAAAAGGCUGAGCAGACCAUCUGGAAUCGUUUACAUCAGCUUAAAGCCUUGAAGACAAGGCGAGGAAGCUGCAUGGCUGAGAGGUUGAAGGAGGAGAUCCUUAACAGGGAGAAAGUGGUGGAUCUUUUGGCUGGUCCAGAUGCCUAUCGGGACCUUCCUCGGCUGCUGGCUGUCGCUGAGUCAGGCCAGCAAGCUGCCAACGUGCUGCUGUCUCUGGACGAGACCUACGCCGACGUCAUGCCAGUCCAGACGAACCCCAGUGCCACUUCUGCCUUUGGGCUGAAAGAAGUGACACUUCUUGGUCAGAAUGUUAAUAGUUUUCGAGACAAUUCAGAGGUCCAGUUCAACAAUGCAGUGUCUACCAACCUCAGCCGUGGCUUCACCACCAACUAUAAAACCAAGCAAGGGGGGCUUCGUUUUGCUCACCUUCUGGAUCAGGUCUCCAGGGUAGAUCCUGACAUGAGGAUUCGUUUCACUUCUCCCCACCCCAAGGAUUUUCCUGAUGAGGUUCUGCAGCUGAUUCAUGAGAGAGACAACAUCUGUAAACAGAUCCACCUGCCAGCCCAGAGUGGAAGCAGCCGUGUAUUGGAGGCCAUGCGGAGAGGAUAUUCAAGAGACGCUUAUGUGGAGUUAGUUCACCAUAUCAGAGCAUCUAUUCCAGGUGUGAGCCUCAGCAGCGACUUCAUUGCUGGCUUUUGUGGUGAGACGGAGGAAGAUCACCUCCAGACAGUGUCCUUGCUCCGGGAAGUUCAGUACAACAUGGGUUUCCUCUUUGCCUACAGCAUGAGACAGAAGACACGAGCAUAUCACAGGAUGAAGGAUGAUGUCCCAGAAGAGGUAAAAUUAAGGCGUUUGGAGGAACUUAUUACAGUCUUCCGAGAAGAAGCAUCAAAAGCCAACAAGACCUCUGUGGGUUGUACCCAGCUGGUGCUGGUAGAGGGGGCUGAUACCGACUGA